GCGGGGCUGCCGCCUGGUCCCUCUGUCGCCAUGGUAACCGCUGAAGCUAAGCCCACGGAGCGGUAUUUUUGGAGUUAAUGGAGCCAGAAGCACAGCUAGAAUCAGACAGUUCAGAAAAGUCAUUAUUUUUCUCACAGGAGGAAGAAAAAGAAGAAUCUCAAGAAUCAAAGGAAACAGGCAUCGAGAACCCCCUAAUAAAACCUGCUCUCACAGGGGAUGUAGAAGGUUUGCAGAAGAUUUUUGAGGAUGCUGAAAAUCCUCAUCACAAACACGCCAUGCAGCUCCUCUUGGAAGAGGAUAUUGUCGGCAGAAAUUUAUUGUAUGCAGCUUGCAUGGCUGGGCAGAGUGAUGUAAUUAGAGCUUUGGCAAAAUAUGGUGUGAAUCUGAAUGAAAAAACUGCCAGAGAUGCCAGAUUGGCUCUGAGAAAAUAUAUUACAAAAGUUUCCCUAACCAUAACCGACUCAGAAAAGGGACCAGGGAAGCUCCUUAAGGAAGACAAGAACACCAUUCUCAAUGCAUGCCGGGUAAAAAAUAACUGGUUGGAAACCCAUCCAGAUGCUUCCAUUAAUGAGCUGUUUGAGCAGAGGCAAAACUUGGAAGAUAUUGUGACUCCUAUCUUCACAAAAAUGGCUGCAUCCCGUCAAGGGAAAAUGCCAAACCCAUUAUAAACUAAGCCAUAGCCAGAAGAGAAGUCAAGAUUAUACUUUCUGCUGAACAUAUAUUUUAUAAAAGACCACAAUUUCUUCUAAUAUCAGUAAAGGCAAACCUAUUCAUGCCAAUUGAAGUCAAGAAAAUUGCUGUGAAACUUUAUCAAAAUGUUUAAUGAUCAGUCACCGUUGCUCAGUUUUACCUUGUUCCAAGUGCUUCUUCAGACUCUGCUCUUCCUCUGCUCUUCCUGUGCAGCCUCCCACACUCCAACAGGAAAGCACCUGGGUAUAAAUCACUCACAGAAACCACAGGGAGUCUUUGAAAACUACUUAGAGGGUGUCACAAUUUUCUGUGUCAUUGAGACAAAAAUUUCCAUUCCAAUGGAGAAUUCCAUUUAAAAAAGACAUAGUUGAAAAAAGAAAAAAAGACUUAUUUGGUUAUUUCCAGAGGAAAACACUUUUGUUCUUGCUCUCUCAAAAAGAAAUCUUAUGAAUGGCAUUCUGGAGCAAGGACAUACUAAGAAUUGUUUGAGUUAGGGUCCUCUGGUUAUAAUUAUUUUUUGCAUUGCAAUUGAAAUUCACCUGUAAAGCAGAUAUAGUCUCUGAGUAAAACCUAUAUUUAUCAUCAACUUCUUUCAAUGUUAAGUUAAUAAACACUAAUCUGUGUAGUGUUAGAUUUAGAAGUUUUCUUCUAUUCUGUAGAUUUGAUACAGAUAUUGUAACUGGUCUCCAUGACAUUUUUUCUCUCUCAUUUUUUCUCUUAAAUAUCAUACUUAGUUUCCUAUUGGUGAUUUUUUUUUUUUUUUUG